UGGUGCAAAUUUGCCUCUCUGCUGAUAAUGCGGAAGACCAUGUGACCUUUCAUUUUCAAGGUAAGCUUUCAUGCUUCGUAACAAAAAGUGUUUGCAGUAAACGAAAUUUAGAAUGUGGGGAACUGGCUGUCUUUAUUUCUUGUUAUUUAUGAAACCAAGAAAGAAUAUUAAAUAUAUUAUCACUAGGUUUCCUUUUCUGGAAGUUGGAAUUUGUCUUAUCUUUUGUACAGCACCAUGAUUAUGCAGGGCCUCCUAUGCUUUCAUUACUGGAGUACAGAAGAUAGUGGAUAGUUAGCCCUCCUCUCCCCCAAAGCCAAGAUCUCUUAGAAAGGCAGUCACUACAAUGACUAGACCAAGGGUUCAUCACUUUCCAGGACCUGAGACAUCACCUCACUCUUCUUAAAUGCAGCUCUUCCCUUUGUUUCCCCUCCUCAUAAGCUCAGCUUCCCAUACACAGAUACCCACAAAGCAAGAGAGAAGCUGAAGUGACGGAGAGUUGGUAGAAAUGGAACUGAACUUAUCAUAUGAUCACCCAGAUGAUGACUACAUUGACAUGGAAGUCAGCUCUUACUCUAAUUUUCUCUGCAAAACUUCUCCUCCACAAGCAAGAGAGUUUGAGUUUCAAAUGUCUUCAGUUUCCCUGGAAAAAGAUGCCACCACUUCUCCAGCUGAUGAGCUAUUUUACAAAGGAAAGCUUCUUCCACUUCACCUUCCUCCUCGUCUACAAAUGGUGGAAAAGCUCCUGGAACACACCAACUCUUGCAGGAAAGAUAAUUUUGAUGAAUUCUUUAGCACCCCAUUAAUGACUACUGCAACAACACCAACUACAACGAGUACCCCAUUUGAAUCCUGCAAUAUCUCACCUGCUGAGUCUUGUCAGGUGAGUCGAGAGCUUAAUUCUGAAGAGUAUUUCUUGGAGUACUCAAAUGAAGAAUGUGGAUUCAUUGGAGAAAACCAAAAGAAGUCUUGGACUAAAAAGCUUAAGAUAAUCAAGCAAUCUUCUCUUAGUUCAAGGCUGAAGGCUUCCAGGGCUUAUCUGAAGUCUUUCUUUGGUAAGUCUGGCUGCUCAGAUGAUUCCUGUACAGCAGCUUCAAAAGUUGCAGAUGAAGGAAUCGUUUCAAAAGCCAAAGAUUCUUUGAACAAAUGGGAGAAGACAGCAAGGAAAGUCCCUUUUGGACAAAUUCAGAAGGAUAAGAACCAAAUGUCAGCAACUUCUAUGGGGAAUAUUAACAAACAGAAGAUCAGUAAUGAGGAUGGCAAUGGUCGCCUUCAUAGGCGAUCUUUCUCGAUGGCUAUCAAACGCCAUUCGACAAACAAGUCGUCGUCGUCAUCAUCAUCAUCAUCUGGUUCUUCUUCAUCUUCAAGCUCAACAAAUACUACUGGCUUUUAUGGAUUGCCCUUUCUAAAGAGAUGUAGCAGUGUAAAUUCAGAGAUUGAGAAUCCAAUUCAAGGAGCAAUUGCACAUUGCAAGCAGUCCCAGCAGCUGUUCUGCCCAAGAAAGACAGCAACUGAAGUUGGUUUUUACUCAUUGUCAACUUCCAAGAUUGCUAUCUGUGAAGAGCAAAAGAGACCUGAGCUUUGCAGAGGCUGAACUUCACUAAACAGUUAGAGAAAGAAUGAAAAGAGCAUAAAAGUAACUAGAUUAGCUUCUGAUGCGUUUCUUUUUCUCUUUCAUUGAUUCAAUUAUGUGCAUCAUUUUGUUAAAGGCAACAGUUACAAGCUGUUAAUGUCUGUAUUUAACUGAUAGAUCAGACAAUUCUGUGGAAGUUUCUUAAACUGCCCAAUAAAUGUUUUUUCCCCUCAGAAUAAGG